GUGUAAAAAAUGUCGGAGCAGGGGUAUGACGACCAAAUAAUCGAGGAUGGAAAGAGUUUUUGGGAACUCGGACAAUACAAGCGAACGGUCAAAAGGAUAGACGAUGGACAUCGGUUGUGUAACGACCUUGUAAUGAUGCUAAAUGAACGGAGUGAAUUGGAAAAAAAAUACGCCAAAAGUUUACGGAACUGGUCCAAGAAAUGGAAUGAUCUAAUUGAAAAAGGUUCUGAAUAUGGCACAACAAAAUCCGCAUGGAAAGCCGUUCUGACGGAAGCUGAUCGGAAAUGUGAUUUACAUUUGGAAAUUGGUAGCAAGUUGAUCCAGGAUGUACAAUCUAGCAUCAAAGCAUGGCAGAAAGAAAAUUACCAUAAAAAGAUGAUGAAUGGAUUUAAGGAAACCAUCGAAGCAGACGAAGCUUUCAGAAAAGCACAAAAGCCAUGGGCCAAGCUGUAUAACCGAGUACAACAGACUAAAAAAGCAUAUCACGUUGCAUGUAAGCAAGAGCAUUCCGCAGCAAACCUGGAGAAAAAUGCAUUAGAAGAUACAACGAUGUCACCUGAUCAGGUGAAAAAACUACAAGACAAAGUUGAAAAAUGUAGACACGAAUGCGAGAAAACCAAAGAUAAAUACUCAAAGGCGCUGGAAGAUAUAACAGAUAUGAACGCACGCUAUAUGGAGGACAUGAACACGCAUUUCGAUAAGACGCAACAUUUUGAGAAGAAUCGUCUCGAUUUCUUCAAAGAAACUCUGAUACACCUUCACCGAGUUCUCGAUCUAUCCCAGAAUGCCCAGUUUGCUGAAGUUUACUCAAACUUCAUCACAACGGUACAAAAUGCAGACUCGGAUAAGGACUUAAAAUGGUGGAAGAAUACAAAUGGCUCUGGCAUGCCGAUGAAUUGGCCGACAUUUGAGGAAUAUUCUGAAGAUUUGUCGCGCAUGAUCAGUUCGAAGAAGUCACGAGGAAAUGUCGGUGGUGGAGAAAAGGCAGUGGCAAUAUCCUCGUUUCGAUCCACCUCCGAGUAUUCCAAUCAAGAUUAUAAUACGAUGGACAGGAAUUAUGGCGACGUAGAGCAUCAGGUUUACAGUUCUUACAGCACACAGUCUGGAUAUUCUGGAGAACAUGAUGCCUACAACAAUUAUGGUAGUUCUGACCAAGAUGGAGGGAAUCCGUUUGGGGAUGAUGAGAUGAACGGUGACGGGGUCGAAGUGAGGGCGCUGUACGACUACCAAGGAGCCGAAUCUGAUGAACUAACGUUCAAUCAAGGUGACAUCAUCACCAAGCUGGAAGAUGAAGACGAGCAAGGAUGGUGCAAAGGUCGUAUUAACGGGGUAGUUGGUCUUUACCCGGCAAGUUACGGAGAAGCAAUCAAUUGAUGAUGCUGAAACGGAAAACACUGAACUAAUACCAGCAACAUGUUUUACUCCAACCUAUAAUUUAUAUUUAC